UCAUGUAUCUACAGAACUGAUGCUUCGCCCACUUCCUCUACUCAUUCUAGGUGUGCUAUGUGCAAUUCUAAGAAUUCCUAUAUUCACCAUCAUUGGAAUCGCCGCUGUAUCAAUGGCCUUACUUCGAACUUACUUUUUAUAUUACGACACAAUCAGCUACAAUAUCCUAGCUGCUCAAGGACUUGGCAUUGAAUUAGUAAUCGAAUUUAUCUUCUUGCUACCAAGGUUUAUCCUUUUUCCUGUUGCUAUGUGGAUUUUGAUCAAGAAAUUUCGGAGAAGACACAUGUCUAUGUAUAAAAGUAUAGAAAGCUUCUUAAGAAGUGACAAUGAACUCAUGCCAAUUAGAUAUUCAUAUUCAGACAUUAAGAAGAUGACCGGAGGCUUUCAAGACAAACUGGGUGAAGGUGGCUACGCAUCUGUUUACAAAGGGAAGCUCCGAAGUGACUUUCAUGUAGCAGUCAAAUUACUUAAAAAAUCUGGAGGAAGUGGACAAGACUUCAUGAAUGAAAUUUCAACUAUUGGAAGGAUCCACCAUGUCAAUGUGGUGAAACUCGUUGGAUAUUGUGCAUACGGCUCCAAACGUGCACUUAUCUAUGAUUUCAUGCCCAACGGUUCCCUUGAUAAAUAUCUUUUCAAUAGAAACAGUACGAUCUCAUUGAGUUGGGAUACGAAGUUUGAGAUUGCAGUUGGUGUUGCUCGUGGGAUUGAGUAUCUGCACCGAGGGUGUGAUGUUCAAAUCUUGCAUUUUGACAUCAAGCCUCAUAACAUACUUUUUGAUGAUAACUUCAUCCCGAAAAUAUCAGAUUUUGGGCUAGCAAAGUUUUUCUCAACUGAUAAAACCACUGUGACUAUGACUGCUGCUAGAGGAACUAUAGGAUAUGUUGCCCCUGAACUGAUUAGUAGAAGUAUUGGAGCAGUCUCUUACAAGGCUGAUGUGUAUAGUUUUGGGAUGUUGUUAAUGAAAAUGGUGAGUUUGAAGAAAGACUUGAUAGGGAACAACGACAAUUCUAGUCAAUAUUUUCUGUAUUGGAUAUAUGACUACUUCAAUCAAGGGAAGGAUAUGGAAGUUGUGAAUGGUGGUGAGGAUGAAAAGGAUGAUGAUAGUUGGAGGAAAUUUGGUCGGAAGAUGACAAUAGUUGAUUUAUGGUGCAUACAGAUGAAUCCAGAUAAUCGUCCAUCAAUGCACAAAGUGUUGGAAAUGUUGGAAGGUGAUGUUGAACGUAUAAUGAUUCCUGAGUAUCCUUCACAAUCUAUUCAAGCCACCGUAGAUCAAACAUGUUCCACUGAUUCAGUAUCAUUGCUGGAACAUGAUGAUGCUUCAACCAGUGUUGAGAUUAUAGUUGAAUAAUUGCAUAGCAUAUAGUCCUAAAUCGCCUAAAUAUUGUAAA